GAUUCCAGAGGCGCUGCUUCUCUGUUGAAGGAUACUAUCCCAGUUAUUGACUUUUCAGCUUCAGGAUCAUUUGAAGGUUAUGAUCUUCUACGUAGAGGUUUUACAAGUGUGAAAAGUGAAUUGCUGCCCAGCCACCCGCUGGAACUGAUAGAAAAAAAUUUCCAGUUAAAUCAAGAUAAAACGAACUUUGCCACGCUGAGAAAUAUUCAAGGACUUCAUGCACCUUUAAAGCUGCAGAUGGAAUUCAGAGCAGUGAAACAGGUCCAGCGCCUGCCAUUUCUUCACAGCUCAAACUUAGCACUGGAUACUCUGAGGGGAAAUGAUGGAUCCAUCAGUUUUGAGGAUAUCCUUAAUGAUCCUUCACAGAGUGAGGUUAUGGGAGAACCACACAUGAUGAUGGAGUAUAAGCUUGGUUUAUUGUAACAAAAUGAACUCGACAAAAAUGUUUUGUGUGUGUCUUUAUACUGCAGAUCUAAAUACAUGAUACCCUGAACACACUGACACUCACAGUGUUAAGUAGUCCUACAGUUAUUAUUUGCCUUCCUUGAUGAAAAGGCACAUUAAAUGUUUAAAGUCUACAAACUGUUCUGUGCUUGUUGUGACUUAUAUAAAUGUCCUGUAACUAGGUACUUUAAAUAAUAUGUUUUCAUACACUGCUCAGGACAAUAGCUUCUUAACUAUGGAAAUGCUAUAUAUGUAUACAAGAAAUCCAAAAUUACCCAUGCAUUUUAAAACUGAUUACUGUAGGUAAAUGCAUUUAACAGAUGUUCUUGCAGAAGAACUUUUUAAGGGGGAAAAGAAGGUGUUUUCCGUUGAGUAACUCUUUGUUCAUGACAAUUUCCAUACACUUUUUAAACUAUUGAAUAAAAAUUUGCUAUAAGUGCUUUUGCGUUCCAAAAUAUA